UUAAAGGGGACCUCGGACCGGGCAGCGCAGCUGGAGCAGCCAAGCGGUGCCAGGCCAGGUGGGUACGUCCGUGGUCCUUCCGUGCCCGCGCCGGAGACCAGCCCCGGAGGCUGCCCGGGCCCGUCCCUGUGUCCGGCACCAUGAAGCAGGAGUCUGCAGCCCAGAGCACCCCGUCCGCCUCACCGCCCCCCUCGCAGCCCCCCCAGGACGACUGCGACCCCCAAGCGUUGUGGAUUUUCGGGUACGGCUCCCUGGUGUGGAGGCCCGACUUCGCCUACAGCGACAGCCGCGUGGGCUUCGUGCGUGGCUACAGCCGCCGCUUCUGGCAGGGAGACACCUUCCAUCGGGGCAGCGACAAGAUGCCUGGUCGUGUGGUGACCCUCCUUGAAGAUCGUGAGGGCUGCACUUGGGGUGUGGCGUACCAGGUGCAAGGUGAGCAGGUGAAUGAGGCCCUGAAGUACCUGAAUGUGCGGGAGGCAGUGCUUGGCAGCUAUGAUACCAAGGAGGUCACCUUCUACCCUCAAGAUACCCCUGACCAACCACUCAAGGCAUUGGCCUACGUGGCCACCCCGCAGAACCCUGGUUACCUGGGCCCUGCGCCUGAGGAGGCCAUCGCUACGCAGAUCCUGGCCUGCCGAGGCUUCUCUGGCCACAACCUUGAGUACUUGCUGCGCCUGGCAGACUUCAUGCAGCUCUGUGGGCCCCAGGCACAGGACGAGCACCUAGCAGCCAUCGUGGAUGCUGUAGGCACCAUGCUGCCCUGCUUCUGCCCCACUGAGCAGGCUUUGGCACUGGUCUGAGGGGCUGAGCCCCUACACGGACACAGGGGCCAGGUCCCCACUCCAGUGCACACAGACAGACUUGAUAUAGCUGGAGCCCACUGAGAAGACUUGGUGGGCAGACAGGGGCCUCUCUUAAGCCCCUGCCUGUCUGCCAGCCCCCAGAUCUCCUACCUGACACUGACUUACUACUUGAAAGUUUAUUUAUUGCACCAUGUUGGUGUGGUGGGCAGGGUGGGGGGCCUGCCCCAGAUAUAGGGGACCUGCUGAGCGGUGCCCCACCCCAGGCGCCUGACCAGAUUCCCCCCAGUGCUGCUGCUAUCCCCAUACUACCCAGGCCUCCACCUCCCCAGGGAGCCUCCAAGAGCCUUGACCCUCUGUCCCCCACUCCAGACCAACCAUUCCCUAGCCCCAGAAACAACACCCGCCAAAGGUCCCAGCUUGCUGGUGAGGGUAGGAGGGAGUGAGGAGAGGGGGCCCUACAAGAACUGAGGCCCCUGCCAGCCAGCCCUGCUCAUGCCCCAGGUCCCCAGGGCAGAGCUGGAUCUGGAGGCCAGACACAGCUGCUGAGGCUGGGCCUAGGCCUCUUACCCAUUUGGCUUUGUUUCUCUGUCCUUCUGUCUGUCUGUCUGGACCACUCCUGUCUGUCUGUCGGUCUAUUUCUGGGAAGCUCAUCGGUAUAGGCCCUGGCACCUUCCCAGUCUGUCCCAUUCUAUAAUCCAUAAACUGAUCUCAUUAUCGGCCCUGUGCUGGAAUGUGGUUCUUUCUUCAGAUGGGGGUUUGGGGUGAGUGAGGUGCUGAAGCCCUGGAAGGCUCAUAACAGGGGAAAGGGCUCACUCUUCAUCCCCAUGCCUCUGUCCCAGAGAGGGGGCGGCUGAGCAGGCAGGACUACCAGGUUACAUCGCUCCUGUGAUCACGAUUCACGUCUUAGUGCACACAAAGAAUGCCCCCGAUGAGGCAUGCAGAUUCAGCCUGGGCAGCUCUACUUGGCAGCCCUGUGAGGAGUCCUUGCCACCGACUUGGUACCCUGUGUCUCCUCCCAGCUGCCUUGAAGGGGCUGCCGGGCUUGCAGUUCAGACCAAGUCUUCCUCCAGUUGCAGGGUCAGCAGCUGCCUCUUCCUGACAGUGAGGCUAGACCUCUGGUUUCCUGCUAAAGGAGCCAUGUGGGUUAAAGGAGCUUAAAGGGUAAGGUGAUGACAACUUGUGAGACCAUGAUGACAGUGCAGGCCUGGAGGACCUGGUGGCCCUUUGACUUCUGAGGUGCAGGUGCUCAUUCUUGCCUCCUGGGCCUGUGGUGUGGGCUGUGCCUUCUCCAUUACCCUGACCUACCAGGACUCAAGCCCAUGAUGGGAUGAGUUGCCGGGCACCCUCUGGAUUGCUGCUUGUUCACCAUCUGCCUGCCCCUGGCUACUCUUCCCUCACCCUGGCCCUCCAGGUGCAAAUCCCAGCCCCCAAGGUCUCAGUCUGGCCCUGGGCUCCUCAACUGGGAGUGGCCCCUCAGUGGAUUCAACCUUUACUCCUGGACCUGCAGAAUGGGUGCAGGGCCCAGACAAGGCUUUUGCAGCAGUAGAGCCUGGCUCCAAUCCAGCCCAUCCCUCACUUGCCCAGUGACCUCCAGAAAAGUAUUCAGCCUCUGAGACUCAGUUUACACUGGGAUGCUGUGUGGUAUGUGUUGCUGCCCCUCUUGUUGUGGCUGGUGCCCUGGUUUGGUCUGGGUGUCCCCAGCAGGGUCAGCUCCGACCAAGCUGGGUGGCCCUUGUGCCUGGGGUGGGUGCCCAUGUGUUGGCAGCCUCAUGUCUUGGCCAUUGAUGGGAAAAGUGUGGAGUCCAAACAGGUUCUCCUGGGAGCUCGGUCAGGACAACACAUCCGGAGGAGGCAGCGGGUGGCAGGAAGCCCUGGACAGCUGCCUCCUAUGCCAGGGUAGGGCCAGACAGCCAGUCUGGGUGCUCAGCAGAGCCAUGCUCUAUAUGAAUGGCGCUGGGGGUUCGGAAGGUUGCUUGCCAGCUGCACAUGGGCUCACAUACUUCAAGCCAUUCAUUCAGCAGGUGUUUACUAAGCUGCUGCUACAUGCCAGGCACUGAUCUAGGCACUGGGGAUAGAGCAGAGAAGAAAUCCUCCUCCUCAAGGAACUUUGAUUCGUGACCAUUCAGCAGGAAAAGUGUCAUGGCGGGAAUAGGGCACUCAGCUUAGAAAGGGCUCUUGACCCUGAGGGGUUGAGGGAGGUCAGGGUAGGCUUUCCAGGGGAGGGAAUGAUGGGGCUGAGAGGGGGUGUCUAGUGAACAGAGGCACGGAACAACUUGUACCAGAGGGGAGGGUGCAAGGUCAGACCAGCUGGGACAGAGUAGCAUGAGGCAGGGGACAUGGGGCGGGACAGGUGGCAGGACCUCAUCCUGCUGGGCUGCUCUGGUGAGCUGUGCUGUGGAGGAGGCAUUCCUCCUGGGUCGCUGGGGGCCCCUGUGGAUUCUGAGUGGGGAAGAGACUGCUUAAAAAGGAAUACUGGCUGCUGUGUCAGAUUUGAGGAGGAAGGUCAAAGGCCAGGGAGAGGGAAGGUGGCCUGAGCUGAGGGGUGCAGUGGGAAUGGACAGGAGGAUGGAUUUGAGAGCAAUUUAGGGAGUGAGGUCGGCAGGAUUGGUUGUGGCUGGUUGAUGAGGAGAGUGAGGAAGAGUGUAGAGGGCCAGGGUUCCUGGUGCAGAGGCAGAGUUGGAAAGGGUGCGCAUGGAGAUCUGCCCUGUGUGAGAGUGUUUGCCCUGUGGGGGCCUGUGGGGCAGUGGCAUCCACAUGGAUGUUCAGGAGCAGCUGGAUAUGUGGGUCUGGGACUCAGGAGAGUACUACGGGCUGGAGUUAGAGGUUUGGGAGCCAUACCCAUCAAGACGGUCCUCGAAGCCCUGGGAGUGGAGAGAAAAGAGAACGAGGCCCAGUCCAACCCUGAGGCCUCCCCCCAGCCCUGGUGGGGUGAGCGAAGCAAGAAGAGUUGGGAACAAGCAGCUGGAGAGGCAGGAGGAGAAACAGGAGAGCGUGGUUUUCUGAGAGCCAGGGUCACGCUGCUGAGAUGCUAAGGAAAAUGAGGACACAGGAGUGUCCACUGGAUGAAAUGCCAGGCGGUCCUCAGUGGUCUCAGUGAGAGCAGUUUCAGGAUCAGUGGUGGGAAGCCACAAGGUAGGGCUGAGAAGCUAGUGGGAGGAAAGUAGCUCUCAAGAAAGUUGGCUGCUAAGAGGAGAGAGAAGCAAAGGGGUAACUGAAGGUGUGGGGAGGGCGUAGGAGUCUCAGGACCCCAAGAGCUUUUGUUUAUGUGUGAUAUAGCGAUUGACAACAGUUAGUGUAUUAGGAAUUGAGACGUUUAAAAUGUAUUUAUCAAUUAAAUUUUAAAAAAAUCCAUUAUAUGUUAACAUAUUUUAAAGGAAAAAUGAUUCUAUUUUCCAGAACAAAUUUAGUGAAAGGAGUGGCAUUGUUUUAUAUUUUUAAUGUCUGACUUUAAUAGAAGCAGUUGGAUUCUCAGCUGUUUCUGCAUUCCUUCUGUUGCAAAUUCAUAUAUAGUUCUGGAAAACUCCAUUGUACACUUGGAGUCCGUUCUUGGAGGAAGUGUUAGACUUUAUCUUGUAGGGAAGUUGAGUUCUGUGGUGAUGUUUUUAUUUUUUCAUGUGUUUUUCCUCCCACAAAAGGGUCUUUGUUUGUUUCUGUCCUUUUUGUUUUGUCUGCUUGUCAAGCAGACAAGUGUUGUGUUCAGAUCUGGGCUUAAGGAGGCUUGUGCUGGUGGCAGGGGAAGGCCGCAGAUGGGCAGGUGCUGGGGAGGCAUGAACUAACAGCAGGAGCAGGGAAUGUGGGGACAUCGCCUGGCAGCCCGUUGAAAACGGGGGACAGGCAGGAGGGAGCAGACUGGGGAACCCCAGGGUUUUGCCGAGAGGGGGCAUAAACAGUUCAGGGGCAUGUGGGCAAAUACCACUCCGGCCUCUGAGCACCUUUCUAGGGCUGACAGGCUCUUAGGGGUUCUCCAGGUUGCCCCCCACUGGGUUCCAGGAAGGACCACGUUCCUCUGAGGGCUGUCGUUCCCCUGAAGACAGUGGUGGCAGAGAACCAAAGGCUGUGGGGAGAUGGACCUCAAAAGGGGGACACCCUGUCUUUCCCCAGGCCUGGCUCUGAGGAGGGUCAGGGUGCUCCAGGGCCAGGCUGGGGGUUUCUGUCACAAGGAGAGUGUCCCUGAGGGCCAGGGUCAAAGCAGGAGGGCCAGACUCCUGCCCCACAGCUAGGGUGACCAUAUAUUCCAGUGUGCCCAGGACGGGCCUGGUUUACUCCUGUUGUCCUGAGGUAAUUAUUACUUUCACUCUCAAAAGCCUCGAGGUUUGGAGUGUUUAAAUGGCAUGGUGUCUGUGGAAACUGGGACGGAGCAGGAUUGGUUUUUUUUUGGCUGUGCCAUGCGUCAUGCAGGGUCUCAGUUCCCCGACCAGGGAUCGAACCCCUGACCCCUGCGGUAGAAGCGUGGAGUCUUUGCCACUGGACCGCCAGGGAAGUCCCCAAGCAGGAUUGCUUUAUCUGGCGCCUGUCAGAAGAGGCUGACCAAAGCCCCUGACCACACCUGCUCUCUGCCCUCCUUGCCCUGUUCCUGGACCCUCAACCCCUGCCCAGGGGCCCGUGGAGGCCGCUCUCCUCUGCCCUUCCCGGGUGCCCUUGGAGAGUCCCGCCAGGCCUGCCCUUCCCCGUUCAGGCCCGUCAGGGGCAUUUCCCUGGGCCGUGAGGGAGAGCGGACACACCCUGAAGGCUCCGCCACCGCGCCGCUCUCCUGUCACCGGCCCAACCCCUCCAAGAAGGAGAGGGAACCGCACGCGUCCGCGCCCUCCCCCUGCUGUGCCCGCCCCUCCCGCUUCAUCCGGGGACCCUGCCCCGCAGGUGCCCCUCCGGCGCGGCGGCUCCCCGGUCCUUCUCGACCCCCAGGAAGGUAGAGCCCGGGGUGAGCGCUCCCCUCACCAAACCUUAAACGUGGGCCCAGUCUCCUUCCUCAAACCUUCAGGCGUUCCGCUGUCUUACCGGACCUUGGGGCUCCCUGUCCCGUCCUACCUCCCCCUCCCUAAUGCUCACCCUCUUUCCCUGGACGACAGUCAUGCCCUCCAAAGUGAUCCGCCUUCCCCAGUUUGGUGCCCUCCUGGAUAUUUAUUUCCUACAAAAUGUAAAAUGCAACUCGGGCCCCCGGCGCCUGCUCUCUCCUCCCGCCUCGGCCUCGCGCUCCCCCCGCCACGCCCCUCCAUCCCGCCGCCUGCCUGCAGUCUCCUCCCACCUCGGGCUACUUUUGGUCACCAAGGCUUUGCUCCUACUCUUUUCUCCCUGCUAACCACUUUGCUCAACCCUCUCACAUCCUUCCGAACUCAGCGCCGGCCUUGUGCCUGCAGAAGCUGCUGUGGACCUGGGCUGGGGCUGGCUGGUGCCCCACCUCGUGCCCAGCCCCCUGCCCCCCCACUCCCGUUUUGAGCCCAGCACGUUGUAUUGACGUGAUCUGCUUGCAGAUCUGUCCCCACUAGGCUCAGCACGCCCCCCCUUCCCCCAGGGCAGGAACUGAAUGUCGCCCAGCUCGUAGCCCAGCUCUGGGGCCCCACGGGAACUCAGGGGGCCUAUGGGGAACCGGGUUUAAUGAGACACCCCUUCUGAACGCAAUGUCACGCUUCCCCUUGGAGGAAAAGGACCCGUGAAAACCUGUCACCACCAAGGGAGAGUGCCAAGCCGCCUCCUCGGGCUAAUAUUCAAAGUGAGUGUUUCUGUGCACAGCCCAGGAAUGUGGGACUGGGAGCCACCGGGGAGAGGGCAGACCCAGCACGCGCCUGACUGGGGCAGUACUGACCCACCCUGGGCUGCCCUCUCUCAGCCCCUCCGUUGGUCUGAGAGAGGUCAGGCCCUAAACACACACCAGAGGAAGGGCCGCCCUUUGGCAGGCAUGUCAGGGGCAGGGUCGGCGCCCUCACUAGUCCUCCCUGCUCUGGGCGCUAAGUUGGAGGGCUGUUUGUGCCUGUCUCAUGGGGUGGUGCUCCCUGUCCCCACGGGAGGGGAGCCGGACCCUCCUGGGGACAACCCGAGGGUGCUGGUGAGUGGGGGAAGAAGGGGACAGUAAUGCCCCCACCUGCGGCUUCCCCCCUGCUACAGUCAAAGACUCCUGCCAGGCACAGCCCCUCCUGGGGCUGUCAUGUCCACGCCAGGUCAGGAGGGUGGCUCUGACUGGGAGGAUGCUGAGUCCGUGGUGGUGAGAGCUGCUCACGUGGGGUACCCAAGUCAUCCAUCCACAGGAGUAGGUCCUCACCCGUGGAGGUUUCCACAGGAAGGGAGACCAAGUUCCUGCUCACAGGCUACUUGUAUGGACCUGACAGAAGCCUGCAAAAUGCCUACAACGUGCAGGGUGACUUCAUGCUUUGUCUUGCACCCUCCAUUCCCCCACCCUGAAAGCCUCUUCUCUGCCAGCUCUGGCCUGGCUAAUUCAUCACUCAGACUUCAGCGCUCAGUUGAGAUGUCCCUCCUCCGGGAAGCCUUCCCUGAACCUUCUCUACCCGACCACCGAGGCCUGGCUUUGGGGCCCUGCUACUCAUCUCUGACAUCUCUGCUUUUUAUCUUGCAGAUCUGAUGGCACUGUGUUCCUUGUUGGCCUCCCCAGUGGACUGUGGGCCCUUGAGGUGCUUCCCAGAGCCUUCACACACAUACUUCUUGGACUUCCCUGGUGGCACAGUGGUUAAGAAUCCGCCUGCCAGUGCAGGGGGCA